AUGCGUUUCGUCAUUCCCUUCAUCACCCUCAGUUCCCUGGCUGCGGCCAUCAGCAUCACCGAGCCGGCCCUCAACUCAACCUACGCCGCCGGUUCCACCAUCACCGUCAACUGGACCACCGUUGAUACCGAUCCCACCACCUUCAGCCUCUAUCUCUGGAAUUUCGUCUACUGGCCACCCUCCUAUGUUCCCCUGGCAAUUGACAUUCCGACCUCCGACCUGUCAUACCCCGUGCAAAUCCCCUGCGACACCGAUCCCGAGUGGGGCUACCAGAUCAGCGGGAUCAACGGCACCAACGUCUAUAUCAUCUACGCCCAGUCCGAGAAAUUCUUCGUCUCCGACGCGGCCAACGCGACCGACUGCGUUGAUACGAGUAUUACCGCACCCGGAGCAUCUGCUACGUCUACCUGCCCUGCAGCAUCUACCGUUUAUGUCACGGUGAGCCCUACCGCGUCCAGCUCUGCUUUCCACCACAGUCAUCACCAUGAUCAUCAUCUGUUUCAUCACCACUCCUCUCAUCUCCCGGCUCCUUCCUCCACUCCUGCUCCUGCCUCCUCCAGAUCUGUCAAGCCAGGAAUCGUGCCUAAGACUAUUGGUUGGUGCUCAGACUAUUCACACCCUGUGACCUUGAACAAGGUUCCCACGCCGACGGCAGCAUUGUAUGAAACGGAGACGGCGUCCCAGGCCAGCACUCAGGAUGUCAGUUUCGUGACGGCCACCACUACCAUGAGCGUUGUCGGCAUUGCCGGGAGCGACGGAUGUCCGUUCUCCUGA